AUGGGUAACUCAUCGGCCAAAGAGUCCGGCGCCUCCGAUAGUCCUUAUGGCGCCGCUCGUCGUCGAUCCGUCGCUGAGCCGUCGUCCCAGGCUAUCGAAAACGAUCGAAACGCACGCAAUCGUGUGAGCAGAGGCGAUCUGAGCUUUCUGGGUCUUGCGAGCGCCUCGAGCGGACGUGACACUCGCAACCGGGAGGAUGCGCCCUUUCAGCACAAGGAGACCAAGGCCGAGCGAGAGGCGAGGAAACUCGAGCAGGAACGUGCCGCACGAGCCAAGGAACGUGAGAGGAGUGUCAGGGAGGAACAUGUCGACGGCGGAUUCCUGGUGACAAUGGGCGUCUAUACUGGCACCGAGGACUUCAGCAAGUCCACCGUGCGGCAACUCCAGAUUGAGCGCAAAAUCGCUCCAUUUUGGCGUGGGUUGCAGGAUUGGUCUGAUAGCUGGGCUGAGCAUCAAAUCAUUGCCGCCGCGCGAGGCCUCGACGUACCAGCCGCCGACGAGACACCCGACCCUGACCUUGUGCCUCGACCACCGCGACUCCAGUCCGAUAGUAACCAAAGCCUACAGAAUCUGACGGUGCCCAUGGGGCCCAGGACGUUGUCAGCUGCCUCGGACCGUAGUGGCACUGGCGCCGCGACGCCUGCUGGCGGUCAGUCCAAGAGCGCCGCAUUCAAGCCGGGUGGUCGAGCGAAAGCGAUCGCAGCGGCCCUCACUGGCCACUCUCGUAACGCAUCGUCUACAGAUCUUGGUCCCAGGGAAAUUAAGCUCCCUGAUGAUCCCUUUGUCAACGGCCAGGCUCUCGAGGUGUUUCUGUACAAGGAUGCAUCGGAAUGCCCCAUCUGCUUCCUCACCUACCCCCCCUAUCUCAACAAGACACGAUGCUGCGAUCAGCCCAUUUGCAGCGAAUGUUUUGUGCAGAUCAAGCGAGCCGACCCGCAUCUCCCCGAGCACCACCCCAAUGGAGAGGUGCGUGACCCUAACGAGGGCCUCAGUGCGAGCGACCCUCCCGAGAUGCUGAUCUCCGAGCCUGCGAACUGUCCGUACUGCCAGCAAAACGAGUUUGGUGUUACGUACGAUCCGCCGCCCUUCCGACGGGGCAUUGUUUACUCUGGCUCCACGUCGAAUCUAGGAGCAGGCACAGCCAUGUCCUCACAAAGCUCACUCCACGCGACAUUGCCUGCUUCCGGGGGCUCACAGCCCGGACGUAGACGAGCAACUAGCUUGUCCGCCAACGCGCCCAAUGUUAUCACCACAGACCGCGUACGGCCGGAUUGGGCUACCAAACUGAACGCGGCCCGUGCGCAUCAAGCAAGAAGAGCGGCGGCGGCAACAGCUCUGCACACAGCUGCUUUUCUCGUCGGUGGCGAGAAUGAGCAACGCGGUUCAUCCUUAUUACGCCCAGGGCGCUUCAGCCGGAGGAACACCGGGCGGGGCAUGGCAGCGAGCGUGGAGGCUGACACUACAGCCGAGGGCGCUGACAAUCAGCCUGAGGGUGAAGCCAGGGCGCAAGGUCCGCCAGGGCGGCGAAGAACGCGCAUGGAAGAGCUCGAGGACAUGAUGUUCAUGGAGGCUGUACGUCUUUCGCUGGCAUCGGAAGAGGACCGCCGACGUAAAGAAGAGAAGGCCUACCGCAAAGAUGCCAAGAAGCGAGAAAAGGAGCGAGAGAAGGAGGAGCGCAAGGCGGCCAAGAAGCAGGCUGCUAGUCCAUACGGAGGUAGCGGCAGCGGAGGAGCCAGCGGCAGCAGCCUGUCGCUCGGAGGAUUCGGACGCCGCCGGGGUAACAGCGCCGCCAGCAACCUGAGGAUGGACGCGACCGUGCAGGGCGCGGCAAGCAAGAGCGGCGAAUCUUCGCCAUCAGCAAACGUCUUUCGAGACAAGACAGCCUCGAAAGAAGACGUUACUGGCGAGGACAAGGGAAAGGGCAUUGACAGAAGUCUGUCCGACAGCUCCAAUGCGGAUGACGGUGCAUUUCCCGGCUCUCUACCCAUUCCCACCAGUCGUGGUGGUUCACACUUGCGCCAGAUGAGCAAUGCCUCGUCCGUCGGGUCCUCCCUUAUCGACACGCCCACCGGCAGCUACACAGGGACCGGCACCGAGGGUCACGAUCCUCGUGCUAGCGGCAUGAGUGUCAACCAGAAUGAGGACACGGACGGCACGGAACCCAUGUUCAACUUUCGCAGCCUCGCCGAGAUUGUCGGCGUGAACAUUGAUGACGGGCAGAUGCGUCGUGAUGAUGGCGCGGACUCACCAGGCAAAGGACAUCCGACAACCGGCCGUCCCCUGUCGCAGGUGGAUGAGGAUGAGGAGAAGGAGGAGGCCGCGGCCGAGCACGCCGAGCAUGCCGAUGUACGCCAAUUGCCGGCCCCGAACGCCGCCAUGUCGGCAGACGCGGAAAAGCUAAAGGGCACCUCGUCCCCGGACCUGGUCAUUACCCCUGGGACGCCUACGGCUGAGAGCAGUGCUGAGCAUGGCAAGCAGCUAGGCCACUCGAAUCUCACGGGGCAGCCUCCUCAGACCACGAUCUGA